UUUUGAUACAGGUUUUGCGAGAGGUGUGGGAGGCUGGUAAAUAGUAACUAGUGGUAACUAGUAAUACGUAACACACUAGGCAACCUCAUUAGAGCCCAAAAGCUAGUCAACCCUUCUCCUGUCACUGUGGAAACUUCUCCCAACGUGAAAUAUGGAAAUACUAGUUAGUAUAAAUCGGUGGCAUCGACGAAUUUUCGGUCGCCUGAAGCGCGAAGUCAGAGUCAGGCUCAACUACAUCAGAGUAGUAAUCGAUUCUUUAUUUUACAACCAAUUUAUUGACAUAUAUUACGCCGCUGACACGUGUAUGGAACCUCUGUUUUGGAUAGUUGACCAUUUUGCCAAAGCCUUAGGACCGAUCUUUGUUGCUACCAUCACCAUCGUGGGCUCUGCCAUCGUUGCCAUCGCCUACAUUAUUGGCAUCCCUUAUUGGUGGAAUAGAAAUGCCUACGUACUGAUGAUUGCAAUUGUCAUUGGGCACUGGCUUCUCAUCAAUAUUGUGUUCCACUACUGGAUGGCACUUCGGACAGACCCAGGAACGCCACCUGAGGGCUUACUGUUGUCCCAAGUUGUGACCAUCUGCAAGAAAUGCAUAGCCCCAAAACCUCCCCGGACACACCACUGCAGUGUCUGCAAUCGUUGUAUUCUAAAAAUGGAUCAUCAUUGUCCCUGGCUGAACAACUGCAUUGGACAUUUCACACAUCGUUACUUCUUCUUGUUCUGCUCCUACAUCCUUCUAGGCAUUUUAUACUUGAUGAUUUUUGGCUACAGCAUCGCCUACGACGAGUACUUUGGCAAUUUGCAUGAGGAUACUACAAUCAAUACGAAAGCACCUGAUGCCGCAACAGUGCUGGAAUCCCGAAACGGCACAGCAACAGCUCACCGCUAUUGCAUCACAUUCACUGUGCUGGUGUGCAUCGGUGUGUUUUUUGCACUGGGAGCACUGACGGCAUGGCACGCCCAGCUCAUUACUAGAGGUGAAACGAGCAUCGAGGCUCACAUCAACAAAAAGGAGCGUGAGCGACUGGCUAAGGACAGCAUUAUCUACAGAAACCCCUAUGACUUUGGACCACAGCAAAACUGGAAACAAUUUCUUGGGCUUACUCAUGACAGGUCCUGGAAGCGAGUGCUACUUCCGUCACGCCAUCUUCCUGAAGGGAAUGGCCUGACAUGGGGGACUGAGUGAGAGAACGGCACUAGCAACUAUGGAUGCAGUCUUCCUAGUCAUGGAUCAUGACACGUCGCCAUUCCAGACGUCCAUCUGCUGCUUCACUUUCUGAUGUCGCCGAUCUGAAAGGACAAAAAUUAAAUGCCAACAAUCCUCA